AUUAAUAAUAAAUUAUUUUAAAAUUUUUAAAAUUAAAAAAAAAAAUACUUAGGUUUAAAUUAUUAGGUAAAAAAAAAGAAUUUUUUGGAAUUUCUACAUAUAUCAUCAAGAAUAAUAAACAAUAUAAUAAUAAAUAAUAAACUAAAAAUGGGUAUUGUCGAAUCAGAGGAUUCAUUAAAUGGAUGGCAAUUGGUACCUACACAUAAAUCACAUGUAGUAGUUUCAUAUACUCCAGUAGAGCAAACAGUUUUAACACCCCCACCAGCAAUCAACCCAAUACCAAAGCAUCUCCAGGAAUCACAACAAAAUGAUCAACUAAUGGAAUUAGUAGAAGAUAGUGGAAGCAGUAGCAGUAGCACAAGCUCGAGUUUAAAUAAUAGUGCAAAUAAUAUAAUAAAUAACAAUAAUAACAACCCACUAAGUAAUAGUAGCAAUAAUAGUAUAAAUAAUUUAAUUAAUACCAAUAUUUUAAACUCUUUAACUAAUAACAAUAACAAUGAACAAAAUGGUUUAUUUCCUGUUGAAAGACAUGGUCAUACAACUUGCUUAUAUAAAAACAAAGUAGUUUUAUUUGGAGGAACUCCAGAUGGUUCACAUGGUUUAAAUGAUAUUUAUUUUCUUUUAUUGGACACAUUUACAUGGGUAGAGAUAAAAACAAAAGGAAUUACCCCAAAUGGAAGAUACAGACACUCUGCAAUUAUUAUUGAAGAUAAAAUGUUUAUUUUUGGUGGAUACAGGUCCAAAUGUUUAAAUGAUUUACAUGUUUUAGAUUUAGAAACACUUACAUGGUCAGAACCAACAACAUCUGGUGAGGCACCAUCAGCACGUUCAUCUCAUUCGGUUUGUAGUGUUGGUAAAAGAAUGAUAUUGUUUGGUGGAAGUGGAGCACGCUAUUCAAACGAACUUUUUUCACUAGAUACAACAACAAUGAAAUGGACCAAGCAUGAUGUUUUAGGUACUCCACCAUCAGAAAGAUGGUGUCAUACAAUGUGUAGUUUCGGCAAAAAAGUAAUUACAUUUGGUGGCUCCAACGAUAAAAGAAAGGAUAAUAAAGUUUAUAUUUUAGAUACAGAUACAAUGGAAUGGUCACAACCACCAACAUCAGGUAACUGCCCCAUACCAAGGCAACUACAUACCGCUGUUGCAAUUGGAGAAUCAAUGAUAGUGUUUGGAGGAUGGGGAAAACAUCAAGAACUUAAUGAUUUAUAUAUAUUAAAUACUCGAACAAUGAAAUGGGUUUGCCCAAAAAUAGAAACCGUUGUACCAUGUUGUAGACAAUUGCAUAGUGCAUGGGUGUAUAAUGGUAAAAUGUAUACUUUGGGUGGAUACUUCAAAAACAAAAGAAUGAUAGAUGUAUAUUGCUUCAAACCAGAUCAAACCGUUUCAUCAUUAAGAGAACUCUGCAUUGAAACCAUCGCUGAAGAUAUUUUCAAAUAUGUACCAAUAUUCAAUUAUUUCCCUGAGGAGAUACUGUAUCAAAUUUUUUCACGUUUAUCACAAGCUGGCAAACCAAUUCCAAUUCACCUAGAACAUUUAAUUAGAAAAUCUUAUCUUGCCGAUCAAGUUGCUUUAGUUUUAUCUAAUAAAAAUGGUACAAUUGAAGAAACUCCAAAUCCAAUAUAAAAUUAAUAAAUAAAUAAAUAAUAAAUAUGUAUUUUAUUAUUUUCAAUAUAU